AUGCAGUCGAUUGAUGUAGCAGUACUUGGCGCACCUGCCGUUGGAAAAUCAUCCGUAAUACAGCAAUAUCUGGAUUGCACAUUUCCGAUUCGUCAUUCGCCGACAACAUCGGCGUUAACGUACACUCCCGCUGUUUUGGCGAAUACACGGCUCUAUCAACUGAAUAUUAUCGAUACCCCUCCAUUGCAAUAUUUUCAAAUGAAGAGCUUCUACGAUUGGGUGGACUUUCAAUCAUACUCUGAUGAAGUAAAAGAUGCGGCAGCGUUUAUUCUUAUAUUUGAUAUCUUUAAUAGUGGCAGUUUCGAAUAUAUUAAGGACAUUCGGGAACAGAUCCUUGACUAUCGUGCCAGCAGUGCAAAUGAACUACCCAUGCUUGUUGCCGGCAAUAAAUGUGAUUUGGGUAAAUGUAAUAGUCAGUCAAGACGAGACAUGGCACAUACGGUAAAGAAGAACUGGAAGUCGGUUUACGUUGAGUGCUCUGCAAAAUAUAAUUGGCACGUUGUAUCGGUAUUCACUGACAUUUUGAAGGUUAUUUGUGAAAGUCGGGACAAAACUCGCAGGCAAGAAUGCGAAAUGGUUUGA